UGGAAACGGCGCAUGAAUCUGCGGAGCGGUGAUGAGGCCCGGGCAGAAGGAGUUGGAGAAGUAGCGGAUUUAAAAACUUUCUGUCUGCAAGUCUGUUGGUGGUUAAAGCGGCACAUGAAGAGUGUCUGAAAGCCUAAACAUGUCUCUUUAAACAGCGACCGAGUCGUUCCGCCACGUCAAGCUCCGAGUCCUUCACUCCUGCUGAACACAGAAACUAUGGGUCCUUCAGGUGUUUCUACAACUCUUGCAACCAGCCAGUGCACGGUUUGUGCUUUUGGACAGUUCUAUCGAAGCAGACAACACGAUGGCGGCAUCGAUCCUUCGCAGGAAAAUUCCUCCCAUUUCCACAGACUACCUCGGCGCUCCCCUUCUCCUACAGGCUAGCCUCAGCCAAUCACGGCCCAGCACGGGGGCGGGGCCAGUGGAGAGGCAGCACUUAAUUGGUGAUGGUCACUCUGAUUGGAUGACGGAAAAAGUCGAUUUGUCUUCAUUUGUGUCAACAAGCGAGUCUUCUCCUAGCUCAUCUCUUCCACCCUCACCGUUAGAACAGGAUGUCAAGGUGCCCUCGGAUCUGGAGGUUAUGACCUCUCUACUGCAGGAGGAGCUGGCUCAGCUGGAGGACUACUUCCGCGCCGAGUCUACAUCCACCACAAACAAGUUGGAGAAAUCCUCAAAAUGUGACAAGGUUACCCAAGCCAUGGGCUCCCAGUCUUAUUACCAGUUACCUUAUGGCUCUUAUGGGACCAGCCAAUCAGAAACCAGCCCUGUGGUAGUUACCUUGGCAACAGGGGAACUGGACCUGGCCAGCUUCUGUAGUGGUCCCAUCAGCAGAACCAAAAUUGCACGACCCGCUCCGUACAGCUACCAUCACCGUUACCACCACAACAACGGGCGAAGACUCCUCGGUGAGGCGAAAGUUGGGGACGAAGUUGGACUUGAAACGUGGGGCUCCAGGGGCUGUUAUUCAGGGAGCACGGAGCUGUCUGUGAACCACUAUUCCACACUGAAAACGGUGAGCAAGAACAGCAUCAGCAGCGUGAAGAAGGUGAGAGAAUGUGCUUUAUCGUUGAAGGAAGAGGAGAGUUAUUGUUUUUCCGAAGGAAUGUUUUGCAGCGAGGAGAUUGCUCGAGGGUUCUGCCUGGGUGGUUCGUACGACAGCCACCACAAGCGAGAGGGACAGCUGAUGCACAAUGUGAAGGUCAAUGUAAGUUACGACAGCACGGGGCUGGAGGUCUUGCACUGCAGCAAGGACGGAGGACUCUCUGGAAAUAUUCCCCAAGAGACAAUGGUGGCCGGUGAUGGCUACUUCCACCAGUCCAUGGCCAACACGGAGCCUUACCAUAGCUUUAUAGGAGACCUAGAUCAGCCGGCUCAGGCGCAGGCUGUCGAGCCCCAACACGGCCACUACCUCUAUCCAGAAUGCCUUGCAGACCAAAGCUAUGAAUGUCUGUCCAGAGGGGAGGGUGAAGGACCGCUGCUGGGUGCCCCCAUCCACCGCACCCCCCAGAGGUUAAAGGAUGAGCCCUGCUCCAUCAAACCAGCCCUGGUGAUGAGUCCAGCUUCUCUGGAUUCUGGCAGUGGAGAGCGGAAGCAGAAGAAGAGGGACCAGAACAAAACUGCUGCUCACAGGUACAGGCUGCGUAAGAGGGCGGAGCUAGACUCUCUGGAGGAGGAGCUGCAUGGCCUGGAGGGGCAGAACCGUGAGCUCCGGGACAAGGCGGAGUCGGUGGAGCGGGAAAUCCAGUAUGUCAAAGAUUUACUGAUCGAGGUCUACAAGGCUCGCAGUCAGCGGCUCAAACAGGAUGGCAGUGCCUAAAAACGCCCACGCUGACCUCAAACUGCAGUCCUCCCAACCAGCACCAAGAGAACAAUCAUGUCAAGAGCACCAAGUGGUUUUUGUCUCAGCACGAGGGGUAGUUGCAUGAUUUUGGUAGUUCUAUUAAAAAAAGUCAUUGUUGAAAGGGGGAUGGCCAAACAAAGAGAAACUUUACCAGAAAGAGGAAAGAAGAAGUGUGUGACUAAACUGUAACAAAGCCUUAGUGAGGUGGCUUCAGGAGGAGAUGCUGGACUUGUCCGUGACCACUGUGAUCCGAACUGAACUCACAGCCUUGUGUUGACUGAAUCUGAGCUUGCAAUGAUGGAUCGUUUACAAAAGGCUCUCUAAAUUAGUGGUAGUGAUUGAAUUUGCUUAUUGUUUUUGUGACACAGCAGCAUUGAGGCAGAUCCAAGCUAAAUAUAUAUUUUAUUUUAUAUUUUAUUUUUACUUAUAAUGCUAAUUUACCAAUUGCUUCAAUCAACCGAAUAAAGUGAUUGGUGGCAAAAAUGUCUAACACGCUCUAUCAGAAACAUUUAGAGUUUGUAUUGCUAAACUGUUGAGUAUUUUCACCUCUUCUACCCCACUGAUACCCAAUGCAUGUUUGAUUUUGGAAAAGCAUGUGCGAGUGUUAUUUGAAGGCAAUAUUAUGUUAACUGCAUGGCUUCAAGAUCUUCACAUCGCAUCAGUUUAACUGAGUUGAUUUUAUCCUCUCCAUCAGCUGGUGAUGCCGUUUCUCUGACUCUGUCCGGUCCGUGUAAUUCACGCUCAGGUUUUGGCUUCCUGCUCCGAGAAACACUCGCUGGCAUUUCUGUUUUCCUUUCCCUUCUCUCGCUCUCCCUUUCUCUCUCUCUCUCUCUUUCGGCUGUACUUUGCGGACAAACAAUCACUUGUCGACACAACAAUAAAUUGUUGUUGGGUAACGGUACAAUUUAAUUUUGUCUUCAACCAAUCAGUUUGAUGUAUCUGAGAUUCAGGUCCUUUAAAUAUUUGAUGUCGAUGUCAGGAAAUUAUUCAUCAGGUAAAUUACAGCCAAAUAAACCAGUUACAUCACUUUUCUCUGA